UUCCUGCUGGGGCUGGGAGCGCUCAUGUUCCUGGCGGCCGGCGGGCUGGAGCUGGCGGCACUCGACAUGGUGCCGCAGCACCUCGUCAAGAACGCGGCCGUGCUGGGCGUGCUGUCGCUCGUGUGCGGGCUGCUGCUCAUCCUGGACCUGCUGCUGGGCAAGCGGCGCCGCAAGCGCAGCGCGCUCGCCGCCAAGGAGCAGCAGGCCGCCAAGGACCGCCGCGGCCAGAACGGCCACGCCGCCAACGGCCACGGCCCGGUCGCCGCCGAGAUGGACGAGAAGGCCGCCCUCAAGGCCAUGGAGGCGGGCGAGACCGUCAAGCUGCCCGCCGGUGUGCAGCGCGGACCCGAGAACCACGAGGCCGUCGCCGGCCAGCUUCGGAAGGUGCUUCGAGACGGCAAGGAUCCGACGGACCCCACCCAGGACGAGGUGGACGCCGCGGCCACGGCUCCGCCCAUGACACCCAAGAAGGAGUCGGACAAGCACGUCAUGGCCAACGGCGUGGACCGCGGCCACCACCUCAAGUCGUCGCUGAAGAGGGUCGAGGGCGAGGGCCGGGGCAGCGGCUGGGGGCGCCGCGGCGAGCGCGAGGACGAGCCGCACGGGCUGCAGAGCCACAAGGUCAGCUCCAGCAGCGCCAAGGCCGCCGGCCUCCGCUUCCAGGACAAGGAGCCCGAGAGCGACUCGGACUCGCUGCACAUCCCGAGCGUGUCCUUCCUGCUGGCCGAGAAGGACAAAGAAAAGAUGGCCAGCGACAGGGAGCGCGAGCGAGAGCGCGAGAGGGAGAGGGAGAGAGAGAGGGAGCGGGAAAGAGAGAGGGAGAGGGAGAAGGAGAAAGAGAGGGAGAGAGAACGCGAACGAGAGCGUGAGCGAGAACGUCAACGCGAACGUGAGAGAGAACGCGAGCGCCAGUACGACCGCGAACGAGACCGCGAACGAGAUCGCUACGACCGCGAGGAAGGGCGCAGCCGGUACACGUCGGGCGCCACCACACCGGACGGCUCCGUGUUCACGGACGCCAGUGGCAACGGUCGGUCCUCGCGCUACUUUUACAGCGACCUGCCGUCGGAGCGGGCCGCCGAGAGGGCCGAGCGCGCGCCGCCAUCCAGGGCCGCCUCCAUGGACGACCUGGAGCGGGAUCGCGACUACUACCGGGGCGGAGCUGAGGACUCGAAGGACUUCCUCGAGAUCGAGCGCAUGUACCGCAUCCAGCGCUACGGCAAGCAGAGCAUGUCCACGCGCUCGGUGCCGGGCGGCAUGUUGCCGUCGGCGGCCAGCGUCGCUCCCGCGCCGCCGCCCAUGGACGAGUACCGGCACAGGCGCGCCUGGUCCAGCGGCGGCGGCGCGGCCGACCGGCCCUAUGAGGACGACCGGGACCGACGCUACGAGCCACCGCUGUCGCCGCCCGUGUCGCAGAAGCCGUCGCGUUUCCACUACGCCUCGGAAGCUCCGCCGUCGCCCGCCUCCCCGGCGCCCCUGUCCAGCCGCGGCGCUAGGCCCACACUGGCGUCGGUGCGCAGCCUGGACUGGGCCGGCGGGGCGGCCGUCGGCCGCGCGCUGGCGGACGAGCCCGAGGAGCUGUCCCGCCGCUGGAGGAUGAGCGGCGACCUGCCCAGGAAGACGCUGGGCUCGGCGUCUGUCAGCAGGGAGGAGUCGCGGGCACAGACGCCCGCCUCGCCGCGCGACCCGGGCUACGUGCUGCACACGGCGCACAACUGGCCCGAGGUCGCCCCCAAGACGCCGUCCUCCUCGCCCAGCGAGCCAUCUGGCCCCGCCGACGGCGCAGGCCAGCGUCCGCCCUCCCCGGGGCCCGUGGCCGCCGCGUCGCACCCGUCGGGCAAGCUCUUCAGGAAGGAGCCCUCCUCGGUGUCGGAGAUCGGCUCCGGCUACGGCGUGCCCAACAAGGUGCACGCUUGAGGCCUUGUGUUGUAUACUCCAUGUUUGCACCCAAAGCAACGUCAACCCCAUCCGCACAUGCUUACCGAACCACAGCCUCGCCCCGCGCCAGUCCGCGCAUCACCCACCAACCACUCCAGCCACCUAGCUGCUCCAGCCACUGCAGCCUAUCCAGCCACUCCAGCCACUCUAGCCCCUCCACCAGCCAUUCCAGCCACUCCAGCCGUCCCAGCCGCUCAAGCCCGCCCGAUGCAGUUGGGUAGUGCAGGUGUCGCCUUUGCUAUAGAUAUUGAAAACCAUCCCCUCCUUGUAGUUAGACUGUGUACAUAUUUCCUACUCCUCUCUGUGUUAUCCCGAUACAUGGAUCAUCGCUUCGUUUCGUUAUUGGUCUUGUUCUCGCACCGUCGCGUCGUCGGCCGCGCCGCCUCGUUGAAUCAGCGGAAGCAUUAGAGACAAAUUGAGCGGUAUAAUUCCCCCAGCCCAACCGGACCCACCCCGGCCCUCCCCCUCACCUCCGCCGCCGUGUUUGUGCCAUUCGGUCACGCACUCGCGGGGCGGUAUCAGAUCAAAGGGGACAUGAAAUUGAAAUGAAUGUCUGCCCGCGAGAAGGUCGGCCGGCGUGAGUAGUAUGUGCGCCGGCGUCUUCGAGAUUUACUACUGGAGCUUUAAUUGUGUGUGUUUUCUCCUACGUGUCGCUGAGUAGACGCCGAUAUGUUUGUCAUGAAUUUUUGUUUGGCCGGUGCCAUGAAGUUGACGACUAUAUGGAGAAACAGUUUAGACUGCGUUUACCACAACAUUAUAGAAGUAUGUAAUUUCCUAUGUUUAUUAAGUAUGUCUUUAGUCAUUAUAUUUUUUGCACACCUUAGGAAAAUAAUU